UUUCAUUUUUAUUAAACUGUUACCUACCUAACCUACCUCUAUCAAUACAAUAAUUAUUUCUUAAAUAUUAGUUCCGAUUAUUGACUGAAUUUAAUAUAAUUCAUCAAAAAGUUCUAUGUAUUUCUUGAAUGCCGCUAAACGCGAUAGUUGAAGAAUAAUUUACUUUAUGUAGAAAGCGUUGUUAAACUUUUCAUUUAGACUUUAUUAUUUACUCCAAAGUAUUUAUAAUUGUUUUACAAAAUUGCUUCCACAAUGACAGUCACGCGGGUGGCGGAGUCCCGCACAGAAUUUAAAUUGAAGAGUCUUCCCGAGGACUGUAUAUCAAGUGUGAAAUUUGCACCGAAAUCGAGUCAGUUCCUCUUGGUUUCUUCAUGGGACUCGACUGUAAGGUUAUACGAUGUCACGGCGAAUGUAGAACGACAUAAAUAUAGUCAUGAAUUACCAGUUCUUGAUGUUUGCUUUCGGGAUGCUGUCCAUUCGUACAGUGGUGGCCUGGACCAAACCCUAAAAUUGUAUGAUCUCAAUGCCAGCACUGAAACGGUACUCGGUGAACAUAAAGGAGCAAUCCGCUGCGUUGAGUUUGCAAAUGAAGUUAAUGCGGUUCUCACAGGUAGCUGGGAUGGCACGGUCAAGAUGUGGGAUAGCCGAGUGCCCAAUUGUGUUGGGACUUACAACCAAGGAAAUGAAAGGGUGUACACUAUGAGUAUAGUUGGCGAGAAGUUCGUAGUGGGCACAUCAGGUCGUAAGAUCUUUGUAUGGGACGUACGUAACAUGGGACACGUAAACCAGCGGCGGGAGUCAUCCCUCAAAUAUCAGACACGUUGCAUCCGUGUGUUCCCCAACAAGCAGGGAUAUGUACUGAGCUCAAUAGAGGGCCGAGUGGCUGUUGAAUACCUCGACAGCAAUCCGGAAGUCCAAAAGAAGAAGUACGCCUUCAAAUGUCAUAGGAUUAAAGACGGUGGUUUGGAAAAGAUCUACCCAGUGAACGCUAUAAGUUUCCACUCCGUAUACAAUACAUUUGCGACGGGAGGAUCCGAUGGCUACGUCAACAUUUGGGACGGCUUCAACAAGAAACGGCUCUGUCAGUUCCACAGAUACAACACCGCUGUAUCGUCCCUCAGCUUCUCUCACGAUGGGUCAGCACUCGCGAUUGCAUGUUCGCAACUUGAUGAGACUCAGGUAGAAGAACCGAAGCCGGAAGACACUAUUUAUAUAAGAUAUGUGACUGAUCAGGAAACUAAACCAAAAUGAGAAGUACACUCCUCAGUAUAGUCUGUUUUUUAAUCUCCGAGACUAUGACAGGUGUCAAUGUCAAAUUUUCAAACAAUGUUACCAACGGUAGCGGGGUAGUGCUGUACCUGCAAUACCGAUCUGUUUAAUCGUAUUUUUUUGUUUAGAAUAUUAGUUUAAAAGCUUUAGACGUGUAUCCACAACAUAUUUUCAAAAUUUACGUUUGUAAACUAGUGUUUCCAUUAUUGUAUUAUACAACAUAAAAUAUGUUUUUGUUUCUGUACACAUAAUAAUUUUUAAAUAGCUAAAUAUUUUAAAUAGAUGUAUGUUUUAUGAAAUAUGACACCAUACGAAGGUCAUUUAUUUUAUAAAAGAGGUUAGCCUUUGAUUUCGUGUAAUAUAUGAAAAUAAAAAAAUCAAUUUUGAUACAACAACCCUAAAUUUAUCAAUACCUAUACUUAUUUUGUGUUAAUGUGUUUAAAAAAAAACCCACACAUUCAUUCUGAGUAAAUUAUAAAAAUGGGUAAUUAUAUUAAUUUCCGAAGUCCUACAACCCUAUUUAAACAUUGUAAAAUGCUGGCAACAUAGUUAUUUUGUGUAAUAUGUAAAAAUGUAAUGUAAUUAAUAUUGUGUAUGUCAUAUUUGUCUCCGAGAUAAAAAAACAGACUAUAGGCAAUAUUGUUUGACUAUUUGAUAUGAUGAUUGUGAUAGUUCUUUGUCUACGGGAAUGGCAUUCUGACGAUCCACCUGAUGGAAAGUGGUAACCUUGUGGGCAUUCCUGUGGAUGAAUGUGUUAUUUCUCUAUAGCCUAUAAUUAAUAUUAUUAUAUAGUCUAUUCUGCCGUGAUUAUGUUCUGAAAUAAAUCAAUUCUAGAUUUGAUUAUCAUUCCUCAAUCGCAAAAGAAAGAUUGUUAACUACUGUACUGUGCAGUUGCUGUUUCAGAGUAUAUUUUACUAGUGUAUAGUUUUUUAAAGUAACAAAUCAGUUUAUAU